UCAACUGCAUAGUGGCACAAAAGAAUCUCCUGUUGCCCCUUCAUCCAUAUCUCCAAUCAAACUUGGCUUGUUUCAGACUUUUGGUUUAAUCUUGAGGGGCUUUAGUGGCUGUCAACAAAAAGCUAUUGUGUCUUAAUUAUAACCUCAGAAAUGAUCUGACCUGACCGGUGCCAGGUGCAGUGAGGUGUGCAAAAGCUUGCAUGCCAUGAUGUCCCAUUGGAUAAGGAAGAGAAACACUAGAUGCCCAUCGUGAUCGGAUAAGUGGAAAAUAACAAUGUUAGAUCUGAAAAAAAAAGGCAGGGAAACUUUGGUAAAGACCUAAUGGAAAGUUUUUCCCUCCCCUCUUGGUUUUUGAGACUUCUGGGUACCCUAAAAAGGGAGCAAUAUGAGCCCCAAGGCUUUUUUUUCUGACUUUUUACUUUUUCUCGUUUUUACUUUACUUCCCACACCACCCCUGUGAGUCUGAGCCCAUUUGGAAGGUUACUGUUCAAAGUCAGCAUGGAUCAUCCAGGAGGACACCUUGCUGUGGUUCUGCUCUUACUUGUUCUGGUUUCUAUGUCCACCGAAAACAACAUUAUCAGGUGGUGCACAGUAUCUGAUGCUGAAGAGCAAAAGUGUUUGGAUCUAGCUGGGAAUGCCACAGCCAGGAACAUCCGCGGACAACUCCUGUGUAUGAGGGGCCAAAGUCCCACUGACUGCAUGAAGCAAAUAAAGAAUGGCACUGCAGAUGCCUCGACUAUGUAUGCCGAUGAGAUCUAUACAGCUGGGUUUUGCUAUGGCUUAGAUGUGGCUGUUGGAGAGUCUUAUAACGGUGUGGAUGGCAUUAAUUAUUACGUGGUUGCAAUGGCACGGACAUCGUCCAGCGAUCUGUCACUGCUGGAGAUGCAUGAACGCAGUUCUUGUCACCCAGGGAUGCGGACUACAGUGGGCUGGACCGUCCCCAUCGGCUUCUUGGUCAAUACAUCACAGAUCAGCGUGGAUGAGCAGUGCAACUUUCCCCAUGCGGUAGGAGAUUUCUUUGGCUACAGCUGUGUCCCAGGAGUGAAGGAUCCAGAACAUGAUCCCAAAGGAAACAACCCAAGGAACCUGUGUGAGGCCUGCAUUGGGGACGAGAACGACCGCCACAUCUGCGCCAACAACCCUCGGGAACGGCACUUCGGGGAGGCUGGAGCUCUUAGGUGUGUGGCCGAGAAUCUUGGGGAUGUUGCGUUUGUUAAGCACACUACAGUCUUCGACAACAUGCAGGGCAAGAACCAGGAGUCCUGGGCGCUGGACCUGGAGCUGGAAGACUUGAAACUUUUGUGUCCUGAUGGGAGAGAAGCUGACCUGUUCCAACAUGAGAGCUGCCACCUGGCCGUGGUGCCAACCAAUGCUGUGGUAGUGCGUUUGGAGGACAAAUGCCGCGUUUACAAGUUCUUGGAACGUGUGCAGAAUGCAUUUGCUAAUGCCACUGAAGGAUUCUCUCUGUUCAGCUCGGUGAAUUAUGGGCAACCUGAUGUUAUGUUCAGCGAUUCCACCAAAAAGCUGCUGCGUGUUAUGGGAACCUACACUUCCUGGUUGGGGCCCAGUUACACCACCAUACUGAAGGCUUUUGAGUGUGAAGGUUUGUGUUGAUCUGAUGAGGAAAGAGGAAACUAUAGAUCUCCCCUCCAUCCUUCUCACACUAACUCUAAAGCACUCUGUGUAAAGUGUGUUUCUCUCGUAUAUGGGCUGAACGCCAGCUCUCGCCUGUGCUUUGUAGUACUGCUAUUACUGAUCUAUUCUCACAGUGUUUGUAUGGCUUCAUAUAUCACAUUUACUUGAUAUUACACUUCUUUGGGUCUUUGUUCCUGCCAUGUGAAAAAUACAAAAAUAAACGUCUAUGCAGAAAAGUACUGCAGAGGAACACACCACAAAUCAUGUAGGAAUUCUGCCCUAGUAAAUCCAAAUAAUCUCAUGACAAACCAACCGAGGGAUGCAAAAUACACAUUCUACACGUUCAGGGCCAAAGCAUACUUUGUGCAAGUACAUGAACGCAAGUGCUUUUAGUUAAACAGCUAAAAAAUUAUUUGCAUGGAGUAGCAACACAUAUUUUGUAUUUUACAUCAAAUUUUUUUCUCUCAGAUCAACUAAUGAUACAUACCUGAAUAAUAUUACAUUUGAUUUAAUAGCAAAGACACUGAAACUUAACAAUAGUCCCCUUGGAGACUGAGAAUUAUUACAGCCACGAUGCAAGAAAACACAUUUAGAUACACUACGAAAAAAUACAUUUCUUAGUAGUUUUGUCCUUUUUCCAUAAAUAUAUAUAUAAAAUUCCCAAAUCAAGGUACAUUUACUUAAGAAGGAACUUACUUAAGAUAUUAAGUCUUGUUUUCUGGAACAAUUAUCAAAAGUAGGUGUCUUUAAUCUUAAAACAAGAAAAAUAUGGGUACGAAAAACUUGCUCUCAUUUCAAAGAGAAACCAAGUUAGUAUCUUUUGUCAUUUAAUGUAUCUUGAUUUAGGAAAGUUUUAAUAAUUGUACUAGAAAACAAGACAAAAAUUUUUGUUUUUUUUGCAGUGUACAUAUUCAUUUGCAUCUGAGUUUGCGUACUUGCACAUAGUAUGUUUCUGACUUAAGUUUGAUCGAAGCUUUUAGCUUCAAAAUGUUAUAUUCUUUGUGUAUCUGAACUAGUGGUGUGCAGAUAUCAAGGGAUUAAAAAUGAGAAGAUACAAAUAAAUUCAAACUAUAUGAAGAUAACAAAGCAAGACAAUAGGACAUAAAAGGGUUAAAGGCGGACAGACUUAUGGUUGGUUUUUACGUAACAGGUGCUUUAAAGGUGCUGUUUCCUGACCCUCCAGGAUAACACAUUACCAACUUGAACUUCAGUGUAAAUAGUCAUGUCACUCUUAGAAUUACAGAAACUUCUCUUAUUAAUA